AUGGGUUAAGAAUAAGCAAAACUGUUCAAGCGCCAACCUUGUACAUUACAUUAUAAGUACGAUGAUCAUGAUCUUGAGUUGAAAUUCGACCCAAAAUAAAAAAUAGGAUAUCAAAAACCUUUACGUUUCCAAGAAAUUAUAUAAAUAAAUCCAGCAUUACGGGAUUUGGAUUAGGAUAUCUUAAUAUAACUUCAAUUUUUACAUGAGCAGACACUCAAAUCAAUUAUUUUUGAGCAACUAAAGAAAUGUGACGAUUUAAUAAUAUUGUACUAAGCUACUAAAUAUAUUGUUGGUUGUACUUCAAAUGAGUGUCUAGAACUCAUUAACAAUUAUAACAUCAUCACUAGAAUAACUUAAGAGUAAUAAAAGGACCUUGAUAAAUAAAUACUAAUUAUCAUCAUAAUUCACAAUAUUGUAGGCAAACUACCUUCAAUUAUUUUGGAAUCAUAACACAUAUCCUGGUUGUUCAGGCAUUUGAAUCCUUAUAAUGCUUUAAAUGUCUCAUUAAUAUUACAGAUAUUAGCAGAUAUUUGUGUGAAUCAAGACAAAUGCAUUGAAAAUAUAAUAGAAAUUCUAAAAGAUCUCAAGGAGGAAGCCAAAUGGAGAUUCGCUACCGAACCCAUAUUUAAAAUCAUGGAAGUUUAACAAAAUGUAUAUCUUAUAAGGGAUGCUUGCACCUUUAUCAAUGCUUUGGCAGAAACUCAUUCAGAUGACGAAAUGUGUGAACUAAUUAAAUAAUAAAUAGAACAAUAUGGUUUAACAGUUAUUUAUGAUGACAUCAAACUGAAACUGAAAAACUAAGAGUAUCAGAUAGCUCAUUGUUCUUACUAACAUGCUAUGCAAUUCCUGCACGAAUAAAAGUACUUACCACAUUAUUCUCAAGUGGAUAACUUCUAUUUCAAUAAUCUUUACGAUUUUGAUCCUAGCAAACCAUUGAUAUUUGCUUAUGGAUAUUUCGAUGAAAUUUUUAAUACAGAUCCAGACUAUUUUGAAAUUCAAAAGAAUUAACUCUAAGUGUAAUUAGACGUUUAUGAUUCUUUAAUCCAACCAGGCUUUAAUCCAAAUAAAACCAUUCUAGAAAGGUAGAAUCCCUUGUUUGUAUCAACGAUAACAAAAAAAGGCAGCGAAGAAGGUUUAGUGGGUGCUUUGAAAGGAUUAUGGCAGAGUAGAGGAAAUGAAACAACAAAUUAAUAAAUCAUUUUGAAUGCCAUCAAAAAAUCUAAUUCAUUACUAGAAAUCUAGGAGUUACUAGUUAAAUUAAAUGAUGAAUCAUCAGGAGUUACUAUCCUUUCAAGGCUGAUUGAUCUGUUAACCAAAAAGUUCGAUCAAAUUAUGGCAGAUCAAAAGAAAAGAGACUAGAUGAGGAAAGAAAGAGAAGAUGGAUAUAAAUAAUAAAUUACCUAUCUCCAAUUGGAAAUCAAACAAAAAAGUAACUAGGAUAAUUAAAAGGAUUUCAAAAACCUUAAUGAAAAACUAAACCAACUAAUUGAAGAAAACAAAAGAUUGCAAGAUUAAAGUUCGUAAUACAUUGAACUCAAAAAUAAAUAUUCAGAUGUGAGUAGUUAAUUAAUAGAAGCCUAAAAGGUUAUGACAAAAGCAUAAUAAGUAUCAGAAUUAGAAGCAAAAUUAGAAGAGUAUGCUAAUGAAAUUAAUCGAUUAAAAACAACUCAUACUCAACCCUAGUUAUGCAAAAUCUAAGCCCCUGAUGGAGGUUAAGAGCCUCCACCAAACCCUUCAGAAAAUAUAGCUUAGGUUUAAACAGUUUCUUAAAAUGCUCCGCCACCACCUCCUCCUCCUUCAUUAUAAUCUUAAGUUCCAGCUCCACCGCCUCCUCCUGGAGCAAAGACAAAUGCACCACCUCCUCCACCACCGCCACCUCCUCCUCCUGGAGCAAAGACUGGAGCACCUCCUCCUCCACCACCACCACCUCCUCCUGGAGCUAAAGCUGGUGGUCCUCCUCCUCCACCACCUCCUCCAGGCGGCAAGGCUCCUCCAUUACCAAAUGCUAAACCUGCUGUACCAACAAAACCUAAAUGCUAACCUUCAGUUCCACUUAAAGGCUUAAGUUGGAAUAUUUUAAAGCCAGAUUAGAUUGGGAAUUCAGUAUUUUAAGGGAUGAAUGAAAAUGAAAUCAAGUUUGAUGUUAAAUCUUUAGAAGAGAAAUUUGCCUCAAAACCAGCUAAGCAAAUUUAAUAAAGUAUAGGCGUGAGUGACAAAAAGAAGGAAGUGUAUAAAAUCACAUUACUGAGUGGAGAAAGAACUAAGAACAUAGAGCUCAUAUUGGGUAAAUUAAAAAUGAGUAAUGAAAAAAUAAAGAAUGCAUUGCUUGAGUGUGAUAAGUCAGUUUUAAAUCUAAAUGUGAUAGAAUCUUUAUUAAAUGUGGUUCCAACGGAUUAAGAAAAGUCUUUGUAUUAGAAUCCAGAGGAAUUAGAUAAAGAGACCUUAUAAAUAGCAGAUUUAUUUUACUUAGAAUUAUGUUAAGUUCCUGCUUAGGGAGAUAGAAUUUAAGCUAUUAAGGCGGAGUUUGUGGGAAUGGAUAUGUGUAAGGAAUGCAGAGGAAAAUUAAAGUAAUUAUAGAAAGGAUUUGAAUUUUAAAAAAAUGAUGAAGCAUUUAAAUUAUUAAUAAAAUGCACUUUAGCUAUCGGUAAUUAUGUAAAUGGUGAUUCUGCAAGAGGAGGAGCCUUUGGAUUUAAAAUCGACGCUAUAUCAAAGGCAGCCGAUAUAAAGAGUGUGGAUGGAAAAGAGACAUUAUUGAUGAGUAUUGUGUAAGAAUGUGAACAAAUUUAUGAAAAGCAAGGAAAGGGAUCCUUUUUCUCAAAUGAUCGUAUGGAUCUUCUAGACUUUAUGUGUAGAUUACCAGUGUCAUAGAUGACAAUUGAUAUAAAUGAGAUAAAGAAAUUGUAAAAGUUUGUGUAGAAUGCAAUAAAGAGUUAAUCGAAGUUCCCUAAUGAUAGAGUGAGUAGAUUAGAAGAUUUCUCAUAAUAACUCUUAUUGGAGAUAACAGAUUUAUCUUAACUUUAAUCAACAUGUGAAUAAUUAUAUUCUGAACUUUGUGUAUUUUAUUGUGAGAAUCCAAAAACUUUGCAAAGUGAUGUCUUCUUCUAAUCGAUUCAAUAAGUUUGGAAUAAUUGUUUAAAGUCCAAACAAUAAAUUGAAAAGAUAUAUUAAAUGAAAAUCAAAGAAGAAUAACGGAAUAAAUUGGAUUAGCAGAAGAAACUACAAUAGCCAAUUACUAAUUAGACUAAUAUGCAUGAGUCGUUGCCAAGAAGAGUGAGUGCUUUACAAUAGCUAUAACAAUCUCUACCAAGUGAUGCAGUUAACUAAUUAAGAUUGAUGAAACAAAAUAAGAAUGAAAAUAACUGA